AGGGGCAAUGCCGACACCUAUAAGCUGUCGCUAUUGGACGCAAUAACGACAACUUAUAGGUGUCGGCAUUGCCCAUUAAAAAAAAUUGGCUGUUAAAAUUUUUUCCGCCCAAAAUAACCUUAAUUUUUCCCUCUUCCUUCUUUCUUUCUUUUCCCUCUUCUUCUUUCUUUCUUCCAGCCGAAAGGUCCCUCCACCAGCUGAAAGUCCACCAGCCGAAAGGUCCCUCCACCGGCCAGCCCACCACGACGUCGUCGACGCCGAACCAACCUCUCACCCGCCAGCACCGCCUCACUGGCUCUCACCCACUAGCCGAAACGUUCCGUCUGUGCAGCCAGAAACCAGCCACACCCCACGACUCUUCGGGAUAAAACUCUUGAUCUCAGAUUUUUGCUUCAGAAAGCAAUCUAAAGUUCAAAUAGAUCAUCUCAGGUACACAAGUAUGGAUCCCCCUUUAUCUGAUGAUGAUGUUGACCCAUUUGGCGAUGACAAUGAUGAGAUGGGUGAAAUCCCACAAGAAGUUAAAAUUUCGAAGAUAUAUAGGGGCAAAACAGUUUGUGUUGACGUCAUAAAGGCUAGAAGUGAGGGUCAAAAAUUAGUGGUAGAGUAUAAUCAAUUGGGGAUAUCAAUUGGAAAGGGGGAAACAAAGAUGGCAAGUCGUAUUGGAGUGUUGGCACGUUGUCACAUUCCUUUAAAUAUCGAUGACUAAAGGAGUCAUUUGAUGUACAGGCCACAUCUAAAGCUAAAGUUUUGAGUGAAGUCAGGGACCGAUGGAGAGAUUGGAAGAGUUGGCUAACAAAAAAUAAAGUUGAAAAGUACAAAGAAAAAGCUCCUGAACUCCUUGCCCAUCCACCAGAUGCAUGGAGUAACUGGAUCAAACAAGAUGAUUGGGAAGGAUUCGUUGCUAAGAGAUUAUCUCCUCAGUGGGCUGAGCUAAGAAAAAAGAAACAAGGUGCACGGGCACAGAACAAAUACAAUCACCACACAGGAUGGGGUGGUUACAAACAGAUAGAGCAACAACUUGAAACAGAAUUAGGCCACGAAAUAACAGAUUUUGAUAGAGCUGAUAUGUGGUUAAGGAUAAGAAAGGAUAAAAAAGGUUGACUACAAACAAAAGGUAGCAGAAGGAACUUUGGUGGUGGAAGGAUCCAAAGAAGUCCUAACAUUGGCUUUGGGCACCCCUGAGCAUUUUGGACGUGUUAGGGGGAUGCCUAAAGGUGUCAGCCCUACACAAUUUUUUAAGACACCAAAGCCUAAGAGAAAAAUUCAGCUCGAAGUAUCUACUUCAAAAGAUAGCCGCAUUAAUAGGCUGGAAGAGCAACUUCAACAAUCUGAUGAGAGGAAUCGUCGAACUGAGGAGAAAUUAAAUCAAUUGAUGGAGCAAUUUAGAUCGACACAUAGCAAUAUUGGUGAGUCAUCGCAUGCAUCUGGUUCUUGUGUGGGAAGAGCAACCUCUAAUGUAUCACCACCACCACCACCAUUAGCACCAUAUGUUGAACAAGAGGUUGUUCCACCAGUACUAGCACCACCACCACCACCACUAGCACCACAUGUUCAACAAGUGCUUGUUCCACCAAUACUAGCACCACCACCACCACAUGUUCAACCAAUGAUUACUCCACCAGAACCACAAGUUCCACCAACUAUGCAUGAGAUAUUCUUAUUACCAUAAUCAACUUAGCAAAUGUUAAUGCUUAAUAAUUUCACUAUUGUACUAUAUUAAUUAUUUCUUUCUAACGCAACAUAUUAAAUGCAAGCUUGCUAUCAAAACGAGAGACAACAUAGUUGCAUCGGGAUACAUCCUUAAGACUGAUAGUAGAGAUAUCCAUGGAAAAAAGAUGCCUAAAGAAGUUGCUCGUGUAGUCAUUGAGGUAGCCCACGAUGAGAUGGCUAGGCUACAAUUUCCUAAUUUGAAUGCAGGGAUCACUUUGGUAGGUCAAGCAGUUGGGGUACCAGUAGCAUGGCAUAAACAUCUUAUUAUCGACGAAAGUGAGCAGGGAGAGAAGAGAAAGCAAGAAGAUAUUGAGGCAAUGAUACCUUCCACUCAACAUCCACAGCCCCCAAAGCUUCCGCGUGUAGAGCCAUUGACACAGGAGGUAGUGUCAAUCUCUCACAAUGAUUCGACAUCUAUGUCAAGCAAUUUGACCUCUUUAUUGAAGUUUGUAUCACCAUGGGAUAAUGACUACCACAAGAAGAUUAAUAUCCCAUCGCAUGUUUUUGGAUACAACACGAUUGCUACGCUUUUCAAGGAUGAUGUGACGCAAUUUUGCAAUAUGGACAAGAUUGGGAAAACUCCAAUGAUAUUGUAUUUGAGGUUGUUGGAUGAUAUACUACAUACCAAUGGGUUGGAUCAUUUGUACGCAUUUCAGCAUCCAGGUGAAGUUAGUGUAGGUCAUGAGAAUAAGCGUGCCCAAGCACUUAAAGACCGAUUCAUUCAAAUGGGCGAGAAGCAGUUCCUUAUUUGUCCCUGGAAUAACAAUGCCGACAACAACCAAAAACCACAGAGUGCGGUAUCUACUGCAUGAAGUAUGCUAGGGAUCUCAUUUCACAACGAAGAACUAGAGCAUAUCUAUCGAAUAAUUUCAAUUCAGAUUUACCAUAUACUGACGCAGAGCUUAAUGAAGUUCAAGAAGAGUGGGCCAAAUAUAUUCUACCGCAACUCGCUAAAUGAUGGCAUGCUUUCUUAGUACCUAUGUGAGGGGAUUUAAUCAUUUUUUGAACUUUUUAUUUCUUUUAUUAGAAAUUGUUAGAACUAAUCAAAUACAGAAUCAAUCUAACAAAUUAUAUGUAGUUAAUUUAGCUUUUUGAGGUGUAUAUUGCGCUAAAUAUUCAUUUUAUGACAAACUUUUUUGGAACUAUGUAUUUCUUUUACUUAGAAAGUGUUAUAACUAAUCAAAUGUAAAGUUAAUGUUACUAAUGUUAAUUUAAUUUAAUCUUUGA